UGGCCAACUUUUUAGAAAACACCGGUUUACUACAUACGUAAACAAGCAUGGUCGUCUUGAUUUUUUUGCGUAUACGCUAAUCUUUUUUCUCUGUAUUAUCGCAGUUUAUGGGUAAUGUAGAAUAGUAAGCGCACACUAUGAACUAACACAUACUUUGUUUGGUUAACUAUUGAUGCUACUUUAACAGACAUGGCUACCACGGCGCUAACUUUUAUUAGCAUAGAUGUGGGUAGCUUGCUAUCAACGUUUUAAGACGUCGUCGUGUCUCUGCGUUUAGGAAUAAUGAUAAAGGUAUUCUGUUUUAGUUUGAAACACUUUAAUUCUGUAAGCGUCGAUCGUCGUUGCAUUGGUGCACACGCAGCGUAGAGCAUCGAGCGGUCGCUGUUCACUCGUGUGCCAUCAGAAUGGACAACCUAAAGAAAAGCGAAGAGGGUGAUGUCAGCGAGGACUUUGUUUUUAUUGAGAGCUACUGCAGUUCUGGUGAAGAAGAGGGAAUAUUGGAUGUUAGUGAUGAAAAACGUCCGAGCACCAACAGUCAAACUGCCCGACCCAUCAGAGAAAGCUCUCCUCCACUCCUUCUGGCUUUUCCCAUCACUCGUGGACAGAGUCUGGAGGGCAGUAGCACCAGGUCGGAUUCUAGUACUGGGUCGCCGGAGGAAGAUGAUGGUGAAGACUUCGAACAGCCUGUCGAGGAGUGGAUGGUCUUGGGAGGAGAGGAGCAGGAAGGAGACUCCAGCAUCCAACUGAACCUGGGCUACUGGUGUAGCUCAGAGAGUGAGUCUGACUCAGGAGAUGGAGAUCUUACAGUAAAGUCAUUUAAAGAUAUCUGGGCUGUCUCAGGGAAAGACAAGUUUGGUGUGGAUAAGCCUCUGAACAGCCGCUACUUUGGACCUGGUCGUGACGCGCUCUGUACCAUCUGUGGCAGGGCAGGUCAUGUUGCUAAAAGCUGCUAUUACCAUAAGAAAUGUCCCAGAUGUAUUCUAUGUGGGAUCCGGGGCCACAUUCAAAAAGACUGUCCGAGCCGACCCUGCUCCAGCUGUGGGCUGCAGUCACAUGGCCUCAAGCCGUGUGAGACACCCCCAGUAUGGAACCAGCUCUGCCGGCGCUGUGCUGUGAUGGGGCACAUGUCUGAUACUUGCCCAGAUAUAUGGCGACAAUACCACUUAACAAUUCGGUUGGAGCUUCCUCUCAGGCCACAGGGAGUCCACACCCUCCAACACAAGAGACACCUUGCUCAUUGUUACAACUGCUCUAAGAAGGGACAUUAUGGCUUUGAGUGCACUAAAAGGAUGAUGGUCAGUGGGACAUUUCCUUCAUUACCCUACGUGUGUCACUAUGACACCAUUGAAGACAUUCUCCAGCGUGGUAUCAGGACACAAAAAGGAACUCGAGAGCUUGCAGGUGUGGAUACUGUGUGUCCUUCAAACCAGCAGCAUUUGACAGAACCAUAUGAGGAAGCUGGUGAGGAAAACCAGUCAGAGCGAGGGAGGUGCAGAAUGAAGCAGGAGGUGUUUCCCCGAACUGGCAGGAAGAAGACAUGGCCGGAGAGGCGCAGAGAGAGACAGCAGGUGAAAAAACUCAGGAGAGAAGCUCAAGCCAGAAGAGAGGGAGGAAUUCUGGGGAGGUCUCGCUGUGAUUCUGAUGAUGAAGGAUGCUUUCAGGACCUUUUCAGGUCACGUGGUCACUGCCAGGCCACACCCUCUCCACUAAAGAAGAAGGAGAAGAGAGCUGAUGUAGAGGGAAGGAAGAGCAAGAAGAGUAGAGAAGCAGAGAGGUGGAGGAAGAGAGGAGGAAUGAGACGGGGUUAUUUACAUCCUCACUGUGAAGUGGACAUUGGAGGUGAAAACCUUUUCUCCCCGAAGCAAAGAAUACGUCACAGAAGAAGAUAAUUUAUUUUUACAUACAAUAGAACAUUUUUUAAACCGCAUCAAUGAAAAUAAUAAAAGUU